AAUAUGGGUAUUUGGAGGCUGAUGCAGAUACUGAUAUAAGGGGGAAAAAUAAUCCCCAAACUGAAAUAUGAGCCGGUUACAUUUUUACACAUAUACAUAAAAAUAAUAAAUAAAAGAAGUAGCUAGACUGUCAGAAGGGUGGUAAUUCUUCUGUGUACUUCUUGAGGUGGUCGUGGGUGUUGGUGUGAGGAGUAUUAUAUUUAGGAGUAGGGCUGAACGUUUUUGGAAAAUAAUCUAAUUGCGAUUUGAUAUGCGAUUAUUCCUUAACUUUCAUUAAUUCCUAAACAAGGGCUGAACAAUUAUUAAAAAUAUCUAAUUCUGACAAUUUUGACUUUUUUUGCAAAUUGGAUAUGAAUUGUUGAAUUGAAGGGUUUUUAUCAUUCUAAUAGUUGAUAAGAAAAAAGUACAAAAAUUAAGGUAGGAUUAUUUUGUGGACUAUUCUAAUUGGCACUUGAAUGAUUGCAUAUGUCGUGCUUAACAUUGCUGUUACAAAAAAUGUUUAAAACUGGUAUUUAGACUCAAAUCUCAGGUCAAAGAAAUAUUGCACCUUCUGCGAUUUGAAAAUUGCAGCAGGCCAUAUUGCGAUUGAAUCCAAUUUUUGAUUAAUUGCACAGCCCUAUUUAGGAGGCAGAUAUUUUGCAAACCCCACUCACAUGUACAAGAGGGUCAAAAUAUAAAGAGCACAGAAUUAAUCAUCUCUCUCACAGUGUCAUCAACAAUUACAAAGUCAUACAUUUAUUGAAGUGGAAUUCAUACUAGAGAUAUUGUUGUUGGUGUGCAUUUUUAUACUGCAAAAAGCUGUUUGUCAAUGUAUUUAAUAUUUAAAAAUAAAUGCCAUUUCAAUGUUGGCACUGUCAGGUAAGGUGGUCUGAAAGUCUUCGUCCAGAAUAUUUAAAGACCAAACGUUCAUUUUCCUGCACUCUUGUCUGUUUUAUAGAACCAAUUUCUGCAUUUCAGUGCCACUUUAAAAUAAUGAUUUGUGUGUCCUCUUUUGUGUUUUUAAAUCUAUUUAAGGUUUUAUCAGACACAUUUAACACCUUGAUUUUCAUUUUAAUGUGGACUAUAAACAGAAUUCCUACAGCUGAAGCUUUAAACAAUUAGCCUCAUCAUAUGUGUUUUUAAAUCGCUGAGUUACUUCAGCCUUUUUAUAGACUGCCAAAAAUAGAAAAUACAAACAUAACACGGGAUAGGAUUAAUUUCUGAGACACAAUUAUGUAAUAAAGUAGUUAACGUAAUCAACGUAAUUUUGAUUUUUAUUUGAAAAGGGGUCCAGAAAUCUUUGAAUCACAGCAGUGAGUUAGGCUGGGAUGAGUGGUGACGAAGGCUCAUACCUGUCUGCUGUUUCCAAGGACCCCCACAUAAUAACCCUCACACUGAUUAAACAUAUGCCAACUGCCAUUUUUGUUGCUCUUUAGUUGGAAAAAAUAUUUUGUUUUGUCCUUAAACACUGCAUGCUUUGUUAUCAGAUGAUGCUUUAGCUUGGCAGGCUUCAUGGCUUCACAUGAAGACACACAAAACAUUUUGGUUUUCCAUCGCUGUUCUCAGUAAAACCAAACACCAGGUAGCUGUUAUCAUAUUUUCUCAGUUUAGCUAGUUUGGGCCUAGCAUCACUAAAUGAAGUGAAAGUUGAGGAGUGAUGGAUUUAGGUGAUGUCACAAUCAUAUCUGAGUUUUUAUUGGCCCAAAGCUGACUUAUGUGGUAGUCAUUGGUUUAGUAUGGUUGUUGUAUGGCGCUGUGGUCCCUAUGUAUUUAUUUGAUUUUUAAUGACAUGGCAUUACUUUAACAAUUUAUUUUGAAUUAUUUCACAACCCCCAAACUGUAGCUUGUGGACCUUCAGGGGUCCCUGGACCCCAGUUUGAGAACCACUAGGCUAAAGAAAUACAGGGAAAUCUAUGAUAAUACCAGCAUUCCCCACUACAAGCUGUCCAAAGAGUGUGUGCCCUCCCUCUCCUCUGUAGCACUGAUUCACUCACUGGCCACUGAUUACCAUGUUGUUGUAGUUUAUCUGUCAUCUUUGAGUGUCUCUUAAUACUUGCACACUGUUUAACACUUUCUGCUCACCCUGCUUGUGCGCUUUUGCUUAAAAAAGAUGUUUUCUAAGCCUCAGAAUCUACUCUCCCUUCAGCACACCUCUCUUCUUUGGCUACUAACAUCCAACAGAAGCUACAGUGAAGUAGUACGCCUUUGGUGGAGAGUAUUAAGACUGUCAAAUAGACUUUAAUCCAUGUGGAUAGAUGUUUAACUGUAUUCGAUGUCUGCAGGAUCAGUUGUCUUGGUUGACGAUGGCAGAUCGGUCGAAAAAGCCCAAAGGCAGGUCGCGAGGACUUCUCAACAACUACAGGUAUCUGUGUAAGAAAGCGAUGAUGCUACGUGCCUUGGAGAUUGCUAGAGCAACAAGGAGAUAUCAGCAGAAUAUAAUCAUCACCAGCAUGAAGAGGAAAAGAACAGACAGCUUCAAAAGCCAACCAGACACAAAUAAACUGAUAAGAAUGACAAAAUCUACCUGCACAGGUGAACACGGUAACAGCACUCUGAACUCUGAAAACAAGACGACCGAUGUGAAAGAAUCUGGACUUUCUGAGGCUAAAUCCUCAGAGCAGCACAGCCUAGUCUCAGCUCUCAAAGACAGCUGGGAGGUGGACAGUGGUUUCUGCUCUGAGGCGAGUCCUCCAGCCAGUGGGCGGAGUUCGCCCUGCCCAAGCUCGGGCUCGACCACGGUGGUGGCGUUGGACUGUGAAAUGGUGGGGACGGGGCCUGGUGGGCGCUGCAGUGAGCUGGCACGCUGCAGCAUCCUGGACUAUCACGGUAACAUCAUGUAUGAUAAAUACGUCCAACCGAGUCAGCCCGUCACAGACUAUAGGACUCGGUACAGCGGCAUCAGGAAGCAUCAUCUCAUUAACGCCACACCCUUCACUCAGGCCAGAGAGGAGAUCCUCAGUAUUCUUGAAGGCAAAGUGGUCGUCGGCCACUCCAUCUACAACGAUUUUCAGGUUUUGGACGUGAACCAUCCUGCUCACAUGGUCAGAGACACCAUCACCACCCCUCUUCUCAGUAGGUUGGCCGGUUUUCCUGAUGAGCGCUGUGCCUCGCUCAAAAUCUUAGCCUCUAAGCUGCUGAACAGGAAGAUACAGGUUGGUAAAAGAGGUCACUGCUCAGUGGAGGACGCUCGAGCCUCCCUUGAUCUCUACAAACUGGUGGAGGGAGAGUGGGAGAAGGAGCUGCAGGACAAAUUAUGGGACAACGAUGCUCAACAGGCACCAAGUUUCGCUGCUUCAAACCACUACAUGCAGGACCAGUACUGGCCAGAUGAUGUCACAGGUGACAGCCAAUAAAAGGAGAGAAUUUCAUGAGAACUCAUGAACAGAUUCUUUAUUUAAAGCAAAGAAAACUCUUAAUGUGAAUGCACAACAUUAAGACAGCACAUUAAAUAAAUUUAAAAGUUAUAUAUGAAGUGGAUAAGAUUGGGAAGAAAUGUGUAAAAUAUUCUGCAUGUUUUCAUAAACAUGCUGCAUUGCUGUGAGAAAAUAACUAUCAAAUAAAAACACUUCUUAACUUA